GGGUAGGUCUUAGUUUCGGGGAAACACAGUACCUGUUGCUGUCUUUAAAAUUUACUUCAAAUAAUGUUGAUUUGAAAAUAAGUAUAGGUCAUUUACUCUUUUGUCUUUUUUCAUGCUAAAUUUGCUGAAACUUCUUUGAAAAGGAGAAAAUUGAAAGUCAAGUAAAGCCAUCUAAUUACUUAAUUUAUGAGAGUAAGACUCACAGCAGAGUUAUAUCCCAGAUUGUGGUAUCAUAAGGUCACUCAUGUAGGUUAUUGGCUCCAACUCCCCAAUAAGUUUUUUUCAUGCUUGAGCUUUCCAUCAAUAAUAUCUCUUGGGAAUUUGAAAUUGGUAUUUUGGGUUACACACAGCUUUUCUUUUUUACCAGUUUUGGAUAUGUGAGUUAAGGCAGUGUAUUAGUGAUGAGUUCCUUUUUUAAAAAAAAUUUUUAGAGAUGGGGUCUCACUAUGUUUCCCAUGCUGGUCUCAAACUACUGGGCUCAAGCUAUACUCCUGCCUCAGCUUCUGAGUAUCUGAGACUGUGGGUGCAUGCCAAUAUUUCUAGUUCAGAGUUGAGUACUUUACCAAUUAAAAUGCCAUUGGAAAUUCCCUUGGAAUAUUUGCUAAAACAAAUUCAGCUUAAAGAAAAGCAUAUGUUGGAAAAUUUUACACAUAGGUAUAUUUUCUGGGGAGUGAGUUCAUAGCUUUUUUUCAGAUUUCCAAAAACGUGGCUUACCAGAAAAUGUUACAAACCACUGUUUAUAGCAUUAAAUGAACUAACUUGUGCAACUAGUUAACAUACUGAGCACACAGUAAAUACUCAACAAAUGUUAAUAUUGAGUACCCGCUGUGUGUAGAGGAAGAGUAGAGGGGAAAUAGUGUUGAAGAAUUAGGCAGAGGCUGGAUCAUGUAGGAUUUUAUAGGGCAUGGUAGAUAUACAUUCACAGAUUUACCUGGGAAGAAAUUCUUUAAGCUGGACAGUGGCAUUAACUGGUUGACAUUUAAAAAAAAUCAGUUCUGGCUACUUUGUAGAGAAUAGAAUUGGGAGUGGGGAGGAAAAGGAUAAGAAUGGGAGCAGGGAGGUCUGUUAAGAGGUUGUUGAGGUAGUCCAAGAGAGAAGUGAUAGUUCCUUGGAUUAAUUUGGUUUUAGGAUGUAUUUUGGAGGUAGAAACUACUGGACUGAUGGACUGGUUAUGGAAGGGUGAAGGACUAAACCACUGAUGGACUGGUUAUGGAAGGGUGAAGGAAAAGGAAGCAUGAAGGAUCACAUCUAGGUUUUUGAUUUGAGAAUUGGGGUUCAUGGAGGUGCUAUUUCUUGAGAUGGAGAAGAUUGGGAGAGUAUGUUCUUGAACGUAUUAGGUUUAAGUGGUUUUUCAUACAUGUAAAUGGAGAAAAAUAUCAAGUGGCCACUUGGGCAUAUAGAAGUUAAAGGGAAAGGUUGGGUCUGGGAAUAUAUAUAUGCUGACAUUGGCACAUAGAUGAAGGUAAAUGCUAUGGGACUAAAUGGAGUGGAGAGUGGAGCCAGCUUGGGAUGGAGCCUGAGUGGAGAGGGAGAAUGAAGAAGGAAGAGUCAGUUGAGGUAGAAGAAAGACCACCAUGGUAGUUUCAUAGAAGCUAGGAGUAAUGUUUCAAGGAAAGUGGUCAGUGUAUGCUGCAAAGAGGUGAUGUAAGAGAGAACUGAUAAGUAAUCAUUGGAUCCAGCAACAUAGGUCAUAGAUGACCUUGACAACAGCAGUUUCUAUAUAUCUAGAGACAGAAGCCUGAUUGUCAAUAGGUUAAGGAGAGAGUGUGAAGUAAGCAAGUGGGGACAACAGAAUAGAACAUUCUAGAACUUUUGCAGUGAAGCAAAUGUGGAGGAACUCAUGGGGUCAUGGAAGAGUUUUUUUUUAAAGCAGGAAAAUUCUAGAGUAGGCUUGUUUUCUGUUCAACAUGAGCCUGUAAAGGGUAGAAACUGUUGGUAUAAAAGAAAGGAGAUUAUUCAGGAUGAUGUCCUUGACAAAGCAAGAGAAGAUGGCAUACAGAGCCCUACAGGGAGUUUCUCUCAUGGGAGCAGGAACACUUAAUUAAUUGUAAUUGGAGGAAAGUACAAGAGUAUGAAUGAAGAUGCAAAUGGGUUCAUUGAUCUCAUUUUCUUAACAGCCCAAUAAAAUAUCACUCCUGUUUUAUAGAUUGGAAGAGUGAGGUUUGGUGAGGGUGAAUGAUUUAUUUGUAUUUUACCAUGGCGCAGUAGUGUCAAUAGUUAUAGAACUCAAGAGACUUCCAGGGACAGAUCUGGAAGCAUCUUUGCUAAGUUUUGAAAAACUUGACCGUGCCUCACCAGAUCUUUGGCCAGAACAAUCCUAUUACUAGCUCUCCACCCAAAUGGAUGGCUGAGAUAGAACGUGAUGAUAUCGACAUGUUGAAAGAACUGGGAAGCCUCACCACAGCUAAUUUGAUGGAGAAGCCAUAUUGCUGGGCCUCAGAUCUCCUUCCAGCCUUACCAACAACACAGGGUUGCUGGAGCCGUGGGAAGCAAGCAUGUAAAGGCUCUGUACUCUUAGUAGUUGGAUUUCAACUAUUCCAGAGAGAUGACACGGGGGAAAUUCCUCAACAUUCUAGAGAAGCCCAAGAAGUAGCAGCUGUUUGUGGACAGGAUGUCCUGGGAACUGUAACCAAGCUCCCUUCCCAGUGCAGCUCUGACGAUGCACAACUCACUGCUUCCUCAGGAGAGGCCAAGGGUGUACCUCCAGGACUGCCCCGCUCCCCUCGUCCUGGUACUCUGCACCUCUGAGGACACUCGGCAGCAAGAGAAGAAUCUGCUCUACCCAAGGAUCAUUGCAGUUAUUCAGUCAGCUUCCACACUUUGACCUUCUUAGCCUCGGAUAUUGGUAACACCAGAGGGCAUAUCAUUCUUAAAGAUCAAAGUCCUGCUUUAUCAUUUCCGGAAGUGAUUCAGGAGCCUUGGGAUCUUACAGUUGAUUUGAUUCAGUGAUGGCAAAGUCAUUUGUGACAUUUUGAUUGAAUGGGUUCAUUUGAGUUGUACUUGAUCUCUGAGGAAGUAUUUAUGAUGCGAGGAGACCAGAUUCUGGAUCAGACCAUGCAGCCUGACCUAUGAACUCUCCAGUAUAUACUAGGUUCCAAGAAUCCCCAGCUGGAGAAACCAGAAUCUGCUCAAAAUGUACACCUGCUUUUUAAACUCUGCGCCUCUCAUGAUAGUCCCAUUCCCCAAUGCCUUCCAUCCCCACCUCCCAGCCCCACCUUCCAGUUCUGACUCCAGGCAAGGGGAUCUCCGAGUAGUGAUUUCCUUCUGGAAUGAGCUUGUGUAGUAAAAGGCCCAUGAAGGUUGCAUUGGGUUCUAGACCAAGACCAAUCUGAAGGUGACAGAAAGGAUUUUUAAGUUCUAGUUAAUGUUACAGAUUCAAGCAAGAAAGUCAGUAUGGCCUGAAAGAUAGCAGAACGGGGUGGCUCAUGGCAGUUCCCAUUUGGUUGAAAACUAGAGGCUGAAAUUGACCUUAAAGGAACAUGCUAUGGGAUGUGGCAGUGUUUUGUCCCUUCUUACAGCACAUAUCAGGUACUUCACCUGUAUAACAGAAACACACAUACACACACACACAUAAGAAAGAGAAAGAGAAUUUCCUGACUUAAAUACAACUCUCAUGGAGUUCUUCACCAGUUAUCCUUCUCUGUGUUAAAACCUGAAAAUCUAGCCCAUGGAUAAAAUAGAUUAUACAUGUUCUCCAUAUUUGUUUUAUAAGCCAGCCCCCAGCAUCUGAUGUUUUAAGAAGUACAUGGAGUUUUCUAAACUUUGUGAAAAGAAUAUCCCUGUGACAAUAGUCUGAUGGUGUUUGGACACAAGAAAAGUUGUGGUCAAGUGUUUGGUCUUAAGUGUCUGUGCUAGACCACAGCACUCUUAAAUUUAACAGCUGGUCCAUUAACCAUUUUCUGACAUUUGUGCCUUGUUCCCAUGCUAGAAUUAAUGUUGGAUCUUUCUCUCAUUUGUGCCAUGCAGUUUUACUUAUUGAAAGAGAAAAAUUGAACACCAGACACGGAAGAUGAGUAUGAGAAGCAAAACAUUCUGCUGGGUGCUACAUAGAAGGUUAGGUUGGAAAGUGUUUGAUUUUAAGUUAAGCUUACUAUUGACAUUUCCUUAUCUCAUUAAACACGGUUGAAGUGGGUGUGUGUGCGUGUGGCCAAAAACAGUGCCAUAAUGUACAAUUCUUCCUUUGCUCUGUUUUUGAGAGUUGAUGGCAUCAGGCACUUUCAAAUGUUUGGGGAAACUGAUUGGGAUACCUCCCCCAAACCAACUCAAUUCUGUAACCAGAAGCCAGGUAGUUGGUUUUCUGGUCUGCUUUGUCCUCCUCCUUUUAUUGUCAUCUUAUUCACCAGCACUUAAUGUAAAGUAGAUGUUUUAGAAUUGCAGUAUUUAUUGGUUUUGUAUUUGUUGUCCUUAGAAAUGUUAAUGAUGUAUUUUUAUAUUAAUAUAAAUUUAUGUACAGUGUGUAUGUGUAUGUAUUUCAGGAUUUAGAGGAUUGUACUUUGUGUGUGAUGGUUUCUAUGUCUUCAUAAUAAAUGUCCCUUUUA